GGGGCCAGAGAGGGAAAGAGAGAAGGGGGAAACACAAAAAACUUCUUUCUUUCUCUCCGUUUAUCUUCAGCCCGACAUUGUCACCUCCUCUUUGAGGGGUUAGAAGAAGCUGAGAUCUCCCGACAGAGCUGGAAAUGGUGAUGAAUCUUUUUUAAUCAAAGGACAAUUUCUUUUCAUUGCACUUUGACUAUGGAAACAGAGGCUAUUGAUGGCUAUAUAACGUGUGACAAUGAGCUUUCACCUGAAAGGGAGCACUCCAAUAUGGCAAUUGACCUCACCUCAAGCACACCCAAUGGACAGCAUGCCUCACCAAGUCACAUGACAAGCACAAAUUCAGUAAAGCUAGAAAUGCAGAGUGAUGAAGAAUGUGACAGGAAACCCCUGAGCCGUGAAGAUGAGAUCAGGGGCCAUGAUGAGGGUAGCAGCCUAGAAGAACCCCUAAUUGAGAGCAAUGAGGUGGCUGACAACAGGAAAGUCCAGGAGCUUCAAGGCGAGGGAGGAAUCCGGCUUCCGAAUGGUAAACUGAAAUGUGACGUCUGUGGCAUGGUUUGCAUUGGGCCCAAUGUGCUUAUGGUACAUAAAAGGAGUCACACUGGUGAACGUCCCUUCCACUGUAACCAGUGUGGAGCUUCUUUUACUCAGAAGGGCAACCUUCUGAGACACAUAAAGUUACACUCUGGAGAGAAGCCGUUCAAAUGUCCUUUCUGUAGCUACGCUUGUAGAAGAAGGGACGCCCUCACAGGACACCUCAGGACCCACUCUGUGGGUAAACCUCACAAGUGCAACUACUGUGGACGAAGCUACAAGCAGCGCAGUUCACUGGAGGAGCACAAGGAACGCUGCCACAACUAUCUCCAGAAUGUCAGCAUGGAGGCUGCUGGGCAGGUCAUGAGUCACCAUGUACCUCCUAUGGAAGAUUGUAAGGAUCAAGAGCCUAUUAUGGACAACAAUAUUUCUCUGGUGCCUUUUGAGAGACCUGCUGUCAUAGAGAAGCUCACGGGGAAUAUGGGAAAACGUAAAAGCUCCACUCCACAAAAGUUUGUGGGGGAAAAGCUCAUGCGAUUCAGCUACCCAGAUAUUCAUUUUGAUAUGAACUUAACAUAUGAGAAGGAGGCUGAGCUGAUGCAGUCUCACAUGAUGGACCAAGCCAUCAACAAUGCAAUCACCUACCUUGGAGCUGAGGCCCUUCACCCUCUGAUGCCGCACCCGCCAAGCACAAUCGCUGAGGUGGCCCCAGUUAUAAGCUCAGCUUAUUCUCAGGUCUAUCAUCCAAACAGGAUAGAAAGACCCAUUAGCAGGGAAACCUCUGAUAGUCAUGAAAACAACAUGGAUGGCCCUAUCUCUCUCAUCAGACCAAAGAGUCGACCCCAGGAAAGAGAGGCCUCUCCCAGCAAUAGCUGCCUGGAUUCAACUGACUCAGAAAGCAGCCAUGAUGACCACCAGUCCUACCAAGGAAACCCUGCCUUAAAUCCCAAGAGGAAACAAAGCCCAGCUUACAUGAAGGAGGAUGUCAAGGCUUUGGAUACCACCAAGGCUCCCAAGGGCUCACUGAAGGACAUCUAUAAGGUUUUUAAUGGAGAAGGAGAACAGAUAAGGGCCUUCAAGUGUGAGCACUGCCGAGUCCUUUUCCUAGACCAUGUCAUGUAUACUAUUCACAUGGGCUGCCAUGGCUACCGGGACCCACUGGAAUGCAACAUCUGUGGCUAUCGAAGCCAGGACCGUUACGAGUUUUCAUCACACAUUGUUCGAGGGGAGCACACAUUCCACUAGGCCUUUUCAUUCCAAAAGGGACCCCUAUGAAGUAAAGGACUGCACAUGAAGAAAUACUGCACUUACAAUCCCACCUUCCCUCAGAUGUUGGCAUACCGUUUUUUAAAAAAUAUUAUUACUGUCAAUAAUU